UCUUUCCGCAGCCCCAACUCCGUCAUUGGUGGGGAUGUUCGAGAGACAGGCAGCUGUAUACACAUUGAUAUAAGUACUUUCUUCGUCAGCUAUCGACACUCUGGCCACCUCCCAUCUCCAUACACCUCCACUUUCAUCCAACCCUACCAUACAUCGCUAAACGUAAAAGAACCUCGGAUUGCACACACACCCAAAGGAACACACCGAGCCCGCCAUGUCCGAUGCCAGUGCCGAGGUGGACAUCGCACAGCUUAGUGAAGAGCAGCAGCUUGCCCUUCAACAAUUCACCGCCGUGACAGAUCAGGAGCUCAAGGAUGCUAUUCCGUUGUUACAGCGUUGCCAGUGGAAUGUUCAAAUAGCAAUUGCCCGCUUCUUCGACGGCGAGCCCGCAGAAGACCCCAUCGCCGCCGCCGCUGCCGCCGCACCCCCACCCCGAGAUAUACGCCAACAAGAAACUCUACUCAAUGGAUUCGCAUCGCCUCGUUCAUCCACAUCUUCGGGUAGAUUACGGAGAGUAGAGGCCGCGCCCCGCAUAGUACCACAACCCGAGAGCCAGGUCGCAACUCAAGCUCCACUCCUCCUCACCCUUCUGCUCGCCCCCUUCAAUCUCGUAUACUCUGUCUUCUCAAAGUUCUUCCGCUUCACUGGAUGGCUAUUUCCUCCGUUGACGCGGUUGUUCAACCCUGGCAGAGCGAGCACAACAUCGAGACGCGCCGCGAGUGGCCGGAAAGCACUGAAUGUGCGCGAUACAGCCGCACGCUUCGCACGCGAAUUUGAGGAAGAAUACGGACAGAACAACCUUCCCUUCUACGAGAAUGGAUAUGCGCAAUCGUUCGAUCUAGCCAAGAAGGAUCUUAAAUUCUUACUGGUCAUCCUUAUGUCACCAGAACACGACGAAACCGCAUCAUUCGUCCGCGAUACGCUCCUCUCACAAGAGGUAGUUGAUUUCAUUCGCAACCCGGAUAACAAUAUCCUACUCUGGGCCGGCAACGUCCAGGACCCCGAAGCCUACCAAGUAUCGGUGGCUCUGAAAUGCACAAAAUUCCCCUUCACAGGCGUCAUAGUACACAGUCCACAAGUCUCAUCGACUUCUAUGAGCAUCGCAGCGCGCAUCGUAGGCCCGACCCCGGCAAACCAGUACCUAACCAAGCUCCGACAAGCCGUCCAGGCGCACAAGGAGCCCCUAGACCGCGUCCGCGCGCAACGCACCGAACAGCAAGCAACCCGCAACAUCCGCCAACAACAAGACAGUGCGUAUGAGCGUUCACUCGCUACAGACCGUGAGCGCGCUCGCAAGCGCAAAGAGGAAGCCGAACGCAAAGCUGCCGAAGAGAAAGAAGCCCUCGCCCGCAGCGAAGCUGCUGAACGCCAUGCUCACAACCUCGCACAGUGGCGCAAGUGGCGCGCCGCCUCCAUCCCCCCCGAACCUGCAGCCGACACAGAGCCAAAGGAUGUCGUCCGCAUCAGCCUUCGCAUGCCUACUGCCGACCGCGUGGUCCGCAAGUUCUCCGCCGACGCUCAUAUCGAGGAGCUCUACGCUUUCGUCGAGUGCUACGAUGUUCUGCAGUCUGGUGAGGAUGUGAGCAACGUCGAGGAACCGCAGGGUUUCGUACACGAGUACGGCUUUCAGCUCGUCUCGCCUAUGCCCCGUGAGGUCUACGACGUUAAAUCUGGCGGCACCGUUAGGGACCGCGUAGGCCGGAGCGGGAACCUGAUUGUCGAGCGCACGGAUCUGGAGUCGGAUGAUGAAGAUGAGGAAGAGCACGUUGCAGCUUAG